CGCUCCUGUAUCACGGCCCGGGCUGUCCUGACCGUCAGGGCCAGAGGUCUUUGCGCAUCGCGCUGAACGAUAGAAGUCACUGGCCUGCAGGUUUUGAAUCACCAGCAGCUUAGAGGAAGGACAAAGAAGUACCUGGAUUGGGUAUUAUUAUUUCUUGGAUGUCCUCAUGAGAGAUUAAAAUUUGUGAAUAUCAUUUGAGCUGAUCCAGAUAAGACAAAAAUAAAGCUUCACAUUUGCCAGCAGUGUCCUGAGGACCAAAGAAAAUGACCAAGGCUCAGGAAUCACUGACAUUCAACGAUGUGGCUGUCAGGUUCACCGGGGAGGAAUGGCAGCUCCUGAACCCGGCUCAGAAGAUGCUCUAUCAGGAUGUGAUGUGGGAGAACUAUCGCAACCUGGUUUCCAUCGGGCUUGGAAGACCAGUGCUAAUGCUAGAGGAAAACGUCCACAGUCCUGAGGAUAUAGAUAAAGCUGAUCAUGCACAGUCUCCAGAUAGAGUUUUCUCCACAACUGCCCUCCAUUCCGAUGCUGGGAUACAGCUGCCUCCUACAGAGAUCCACAAAGUGGAUGAUCACUUGCUUGAGCACUGGCAACGUGAAAGAAGCGUGGACAGAACCGAACAACGCGAUAAAUUUAAUACAUUGGAAAAUAUUCUUCAUCAGCACAAAAAUAAUUUUCCUCUAAAGGAAAAUUAUGAGGUAUUUGGCUUACAUGAAAACAUUGUAAAAUCAGAUUUCAUCAUGCUGGCAUUAAAUCAGCACAGUAACAGCAAAAUACAGUCAGUUGUGCUCAGUGGAGAUGAGAAAACUGUUUUCAACAUUGAACAAGAGCAAUUUUGUACUGCAAUGAAAUUCCCUGAGUGUGAUAAAUCCAGUAACAUGACGUCACAAUGCAUUCGGCAUCAGAAAUCUGACAAAAGUGAGGAACCGCACCUAGGUGAUAAAUGUGGGAAUACCUUCGUCAAGGAAUCCUUCAUCGGUGAUCAUCAGUCCAUUCAUGUUCUAGAUAAGACGUAUACAUGCAGUCAGUGUGGGCAAGAAUUCGACAGAGUAUUCAAACUCACUGCACAUUAUCAAACAGCUCAUAAAGGACAAAAACCAUAUACAUGCUUGGAAUAUGGGAAAGCUUAUCACAGUAAAUCAUACCUCAAGGAACAUCAGAAAACUCAUGUUUCUAGGACGUCCUAUGUAUGCAGUGCAUGUGGGAAAGCAUUCACCAGUAACAGUGAGCUCACUGUUCAUCAGCGAACUCAUACGGGAGAGAAACCCCAUGUGUGUGGUGAAUGUGGAAAAGCCUUCAUCAGGAAGAAUGUUCUCACUGUUCAUCAGCGAACUCAUACUGGAGAGAAACCCUAUGUGUGUGGUGAAUGUGGCAAAGGCUUCAUUCAGACAGCACAUCUCACUGCUCAUCAGCGAAUUCAUACUGGAGAGAAACCCCAUGUAUGUGGUGAAUGUGGGAAAACCUUUAUCUGGAAGAAUCAGCUUAUUAUUCAUCAGCGAACUCAUACUGGAGAGAAACCACAUGUAUGUAGUGAAUGUGGCAAAACCUUUGUCAGGAAGAAGGGCCUCACUGUUCAUCAGCGAACUCAUACUGGGGAGAAACCUUACGUCUGUGGUGAGUGUGGAAAAGCCUUUACCUGGGAGAGUGAGCUCACUGUUCAUCAGCGAACUCAUACUGGAGAGAAAUCCCACGUUUGUGGGGAAUGUGGGAAAUCCUUUCUCUGGAAGAAAGACCUCACUGUUCAUCAGCGAACUCAUACUGGGGAGAAACCACACGUAUGUGGUCAAUGUGGAAAAGCUUUUAUCAGGAAGAAGGACCUCACUGUUCAUCAGCGAACUCAUACUGGAGAGAAACCCCACGUAUGUGGUGAGUGUGGAAAAGCCUUCAUCGGGAAGAAGGACCUCACUGUUCAUCGGCGAACUCAUACUGGGGAGAGACCCUAUAUAUGUGGUGAAUGUGGCAAAGGCUUCAUUCAGACAGCACAUCUCAAAAUUCAUCUACGAACUCAUACUGGAGAAAAACCUUAUGUAUGUGGUGAGUGUGGCAAAGCUUUCCGGCAAAAGCGAUGCCUUACAGAACAUCAGAUAUCUCACACAGGAAAGAAACCCCAUGUGUGUGGUGAAUGUGGAAAAGCCUUCAUCUGGAAGAAUGUUCUCACUGUUCAUCAGCGAACUCAUACUGGAGAGAAACCCCAUGUAUGUGGUGAAUGUGGAAAAGCCUUUACCUGGAAGAAGGACCUCACUGUUCAUCAGCGAACUCAUACUGGAGAGAAAUCCCAUGGAUAUGGUGAAUUUGGAAAAGGCCUUUACCAGGAACUAUGAGCUCACGGUCUGUCUGCGAACUCAUACUGGAGAGAAACCCCAUGUAUGUGGUGAGUGCGGCAAAGGCUUCAUUUAGAGGGCACAUCUCAAAACUCAUCUAUAUGCUCAUCUUGGAGAUAAACCUUAUAUAUAUGCUGUGUGUGAUAAACCUUUCAGCCAGAAGCGAUGCCUUACAGCACAUCAGAGAUUUCACACAGGAAAGAAGCCCUGGGCAUGAAUUAAAUGUGGAAAAUCUUAUAUGUGAAAGUCAAGUAUCAUUCAACAUGGGAAAACUCUUAACGAGAAAACCUUUCAAUGGGGUGGGUGUAAUAAAGCUUUCAAAACGAAGAGGGUUUGGUCAAACAAAGGUGCUAGGGUGUGGCCCCAGCCGAGUGCUGGACCAGAUAAUUGUGACUUACCAUGUGGCUACCCGUGCUCUGAAUUGCUGUCCCUCUACUCAUUUAGCCCACUGGUAUGGGGAGAGGGACAUCCAGUUUUCCGCAGGGCACAUGGGCACCUCAUUGGUCUUCCAGCUUUCAGUGCCUGAAAGAGAUCUGGAUCUGGUGUUUCCAGAUCACAGCUAUGCCAAGCAGUAGAAUCUCUACCCAGACGCCUGUAGUGCCCACCCCACCUGCAUGCUCUUUGUUACCCGCCGGAGAUAGCAUGAAAGUACCAUGAAAUAAGAGUGAAGAAAAUAGAAGAACAUAUGGGAACAAGUAGUCCAGAGGACAAAAGGACCACCGCAAACCUCAGCUUCCACAACCCUGUGCCCAGAAGAACGAGACGGUGCCCGGCUUCCACUGCUAAUUACUCUGAAAAGGAUCACCAAAGAGGGUCCUGAGCUGAGUGGGAGAACAAAGUGGAAUAAACCCCACAAUCAUAAAACAGACUUGGCUUACUGAUCUGGUGGAGACUUGGAAUCCUAAGACUACGGCCCUUAGCGACUCUUCAAUCUUUGAACUAUACUCUCAUCUGAGUCCGUUUUCAGCCAAAAACUAUGCAGGCUUGGAGGGGAAGAACAACACCCGAGAGGUGUACACGCCUUAGAACAAUCAGCCGUACAAAAUCAGAGGACAGCACUUGUCUGUGGAUAAAACCUGAAAGCAGGAAGGACAGAAAAGCAGGAUGGAUAAUAACGAUAAGACCGGGGGGCGGAAGUGGGAAGAGUGCGGGUCUGCACUCUUGGGGACUGCAGCCAAUGUAUGACUUGCUGAAUGGAAAACCCAUUUAAAAAUUUCAAAUCAUAAAAAUUUCAAAACCAUC